GCCGCCGUGCGCAGGCGCCGGGCCGGGCUGGCGGUGUUGUUUUGCGGCGGCGUCACCGGCCGUUCCGCCGGCUGUAUCACCGGCUGUAUCACCGGCCGUUCCGCCGGCGUUCUGUCGGCUGCGGCGGGCCCCGCGCUCAGUGUGCUUUGAAAAUGUCUGAAAAUUACAGUGACAGCGAUUCCUCCUGUGGCUGGACUGUCAUCAAUCACGAGGGUUCCGACAUAGAGACAGUGAAUUCAGAAAAUGGAAGCUCAAAUGAUAGCCACGAGUUUGUUACUGAAGAGUAUGUUUCUCUGCAGGAAGUAGAGCAACCAAUUGAAUUGCAAGCACAGAAUAGCACUGAUGGAGAGAUACCAGUGGUAGAUGAUGCUCUCCCUGCUUUCGAGGAUACUCAGACAGUUCCAGAGGAAAGUAAAGAAAAAGUCCACGAUGAUAGUUCCUGUAUUGGAACAAUUAGUGAUGAUUCUGAUAUUGUUACACUUGAAGCUCCAAAAGGAGAAGAAACUCCAAGUCAAGAGGAAGCUCCAGCGGAUGGUGAAGAAGCUCCCAGUUCAGAGGAUUUUAACAUGGGCUCCUCCUCUAGCAGUCAGUAUGCAUUUUCCCAACCAGAAACUGUCAGUUGGCUGGAGGAGCUGAGGAAGAUUCCUGAUUAUGUAAGGGGAUGGGGCAAUGAGGUGAAAGAGCAUGUGUCUCGCAGUCUUCCUUUCCAAGUUUUUCCAUCUCAGGCUAGCAAUGAUGAAUCAAGUAGUGAUGAAACCAGCACUCAGUCCAGCCCUACAGUACGAAGACGCCGUGCAAAGAGGAGGCUGAUCUCUUGCUCUGAGUCUGAGAGUGUGUCACCUGUUGAUCCAGAGCCUGAACCUCCCCAAGAGCAACAACACAAGCGACAGUUCAGUAGUGGCCUUAAUAGAUGCAUCAUUCUGGCUUUGGUGAUUGCAAUCAGCAUGGGCUUUGGACACUUCUAUGGUAAACCUGAAGGUACAAUACAGAUCCAGAAACGUCAGCAGCUGGUAGCAAAGACACGUGAAUUGAAAGAUGACCUUUACCAGUGCCAACAAGAACAAGGAGAUAAAGUGGGGUCACUCAAGGGAGAUCUUGCCACAUGUUUGACCUCUACUGAAGUGGAGAAGAAAUCCUUUGAAUCACAGAAAAAAAGUCUCGCUGCAGAAAAUCAGCACUUAAGAGAAUCUCUAGAGAAGGAAGAAAAAGCUUUGGUCUCACUUCAAGAAGAACUAAGGAAGCUAAGACAACAAAUAAGAAACUUAGAAGACAAAGGUACUAGUACUGAGUCUAUUGUCAUGGAAAAUCAGAAACUAAGGGAACAUUUGGAGGAGGAAAAGCAAAGAAAUCAUAAUUUUCGUAGGCAAAAGGAAACGCUCUUUGCAGAAGCACAGAUGUUAAGGAGAGAACUGGACAAAGAACGUCAUAUUACAGAAGCUCUGAAAAAAGAACUAGAACAGCUGAGUUCUCGUCAAACACCUGACAGUGUUAAUGACGAUGACACAUUAAGAGAAAACCAAGAAAUAGAAACUCUGCGAGGAAGACUGGUAGAACUAGAAAAAAAGCUAAACUUUGAGCAGCAGCGCUCUGACUUAUGGGAGAAGUUGUAUGUUGAAGCAAAAGAUCAAAAUGAAAAACAAGAAAUGAAUGAAAAGGGACAAAAGAGAGGUGCUAAAGGGCAAAGUAAACCUAAAAGGAAAUCCAAAGAAUCGUUUUUUGGCUCAGUUAAAGAAACUUUUGAUGUUAUGAAAAAUUCCGCAAAAGAGUUUGUCAGGCACCAUAAAGAAAAGAUCAAACAGGCUAAAGAAGCAGUGAAAGAAAAGCUGAAAAAAUUCUCCGAUUCUGUCAAGUCCACGUUCAGACAUUUCAAAGAUACCACAAGAACCAUCCUGGAUGAGAAGGAGAAGAAGCCAAAUGAAAGAAAAUAUGAGGCAAACAAGAAAGCUCGAACUUUUUACCGAGACCAUAACUCUUAUGAGAAUCUGAAGCAGACGCAAUACAGGAGGCCUAACGUGCAAAAAGAUUUCAGAGAUGGAAGAAAACAUCAGUUUACAGCAUUUGAAAAAGAUACAGAUUCACCGAAAUGUCUCAAUGAUCCUCUGUGUAGUAGAAAAAAUCAGUUUGACCUAAAAGGCUGUUCUGGUAUUUUUGAAUGUGCUAAUCAAGAAUUUGUUAGUCUGUUUAACAGAGUUUCAGAUCCUAUCGGAGUGGAUGAAUUUAAUCGGCUAAUGAGGAAGUAUUUGCAACAAGUUGUACAUAACUUCCGUCAUUGGAGAGAACUGGAAAAUUUCAUCAAUAAGUUUUUUCACAAUGGGUUUUUUAUACAUGACCAGAUGCUGUUCACUGAUUUUGUGAAUGAUGUCAAGGAUUACCUGGAAGAUAUGAAGGAAUACCAAAAUAAGAAUGAGAAGGUUUUUGAUGAUUUGGACAAGUACAUCUACAGAUACUACUUUCAGUAUGAUAAUUCACCCCAGUAUGGACCCAGUCGACCUAAAAGGGCUUCUUUUACACAAACUGAAAAUGCCAGACAUGAAAAACAAGCUCAGAAGUACCACCACCGUAAUAAAAGAGAAGGUAAAUGGCAUAAACAUGGUCGCACUAAUGGAAGACACAUGGCAAAUCUUGAAAUAGAAUUGGGGCAAUUACCCUUUGAUCCAAAAUACUAAGUAAUUUAUGGUUUAAACAACAAAAAGACUUAAUAUUUCACGUGUUCUCUGGAAACUAAUUGUUUUUCAACAAAGCAUUGAGAUACAAGUUUCUCUAAUUUGAUUUUUACAAAUUCUUGUUCAAAGGCAGGAGUCAAUUUGCAUAUUUGGUAUUGUUGCUUUAACUGUUCUUUGGAAGCAACAAUACUUUGGCUACCAGUGAUAUUGUUACAGAAACUAGGCAUGCAAUGACUUGCGUAUGAAAAAUAUGCUUAAUUGCAUUCCAUUAGUAUAGUUCAAGCUUGAGUCAUGCAUAAUGUACCAAUAAUUAACUUCAGUGUUUGAUAUACUAACUUCAUCUCAUCCUUAAAAAAAGAAAAAAAAAAAAGAAGUCUACAUUAUGGUAAUGUAUUUGUUAGUGUUUUGUAAUCUUAUACUUGCUUCUUGUUUUGGGGGGGAGGGGAGGGCUAUGAGCCUGUUGAAUUGUCAAGAAUUUGCUGUGCUGCAUUCUAAUCAGCUUGCUGAUUUAAGCAUUUGAAAUAUUUUGCAUAUCUGCAUAUUGUGGAAGAAAAAUAAAGAGACAGUGUGGGUAAAAGUCUUUAUUUAUAAAAAGAAAUAAACGUAGCAUAGCUGUACAGUUCUAUAAAUUGGUCCAGUCUUGUCUAAUUUCUUACUGUUAAAGUAAUCACAUGGUAGCUUUGGCCUUGAUAUUCCCUAGUGUUGUAAAGUAGAUCAGCACCCCCUCACCCUUGGUCACACCGCACUGAAGUUACCUUCAGGAAGAGGUUUGUGUGUUUUGACACAGCUGAUACUUGCAUAAUGAGACUUUCCCGUUUGACUUACCCAGUUCAGUCUCACUACUCCCUCCUUUCUGCAGUAAAAUAUCUUCUGUAUUUCUAUGCGAAACUGAGCUCAUUAGUUUGUAAGUCUAGAAACUGGUCUUCAGAUACAAUUCAUGUCAAGUUUUUUUCUUGUAGAUGUAGAUAUGGCUUCCAACUCUUCCUUGAGGUACAUGAGUAUGAAAGACAGUGGCUGUUUUCUUAUAGCCCUUUAAAGCUAGAAAUGUUGAUAUUUCCUGUAAAUGAACAUAUAUUAGUUUCCAUAGACAAAAGUGUUUGGAGAGCAUCAGAACAGUGUUCUAGAGUCUUUUGGAAACUGCUAAUUCAGCUAUCCCUGGGAAUUUCUGUCCUUUAUUUAGGAAAGGCUGCUAGAGAGAGCCACCCAGUUUGAUUCUGUAUGUAGUGUGUCUUCACCAGACAUUGCCAUUUGAGUACAUGGACUUCAUGAAAGAAUUGAAGGGAAAAGGUGCUCUGACACAGAGGCAUGUUCGUUUGUAAGUUUGUAUGACUCUGGGAACAGUACAUUUGUUUUCAUAGGGCUUGAGGAAAAGGGUGUAAAACUUUGACAUGCAAAAAGCACACAAAGCACAUGUGAAUGUUAAGUAUGCAUCACUGCAAUGGUAUCCAUACUACAUUAUGGACUAAGGGGGUUCAAUUCAGUUCUAAGUGUUUUUAAAAAGUUAAGAGUUCUUAAAUAUUCUGUAGCUCGAUUUCUCCUGUAACUUGACCUCAAAACUUGUUUGUUUCAUCUUACAUUUACCGUACCUGUUCUAGCACACUGAAGAAAAUCAAAUGACUGGGUAAUAGUGAAUCAUUGUAAAACUCCUUAUUAAGCCAGCCAAGUGGAUUAGAGUAAAACAGGUCUGCUUCAUCAACAUAGCUUUCAUUUCCAGUUAGGUCUGGGGGACACUGAAGGAAUCUCAUUUUUAGAGGACAGUGAACAUGGCUAGGACAAAAAACAAAACAUACUUCAGGAUAGACUGAUAAAGACCUGAGAUUUGAAAUGAUUCAUCACCUAGAUAGCUCAGUAAAAACAAAACAAAUACAGGAAAAUAUCAUAUUCAUUUACUCCAAUGUCGUAUUGCUUCACUUAUGUGCUUUUAUAUAAAGCAGAAAUAGAGAAUGUGGAUUCAGCUUUAAGCUCCUGUGAAUGCUUUUAGCAGUUCACAGAAAGCAGAUUUAUCUCAACACAAAUACAAUCUGCAUGACAUCGUUUUCUCAAAUAAAAAGUACUUCCUUUCCCUCCCAACCCCAUCAGGUUUGUGGUUUUUAUCUGUUUGCUUACUGGGAUCUAUUGCAAGCUUUUUGGAAUAGUGAAUUCACUCAUUGUGUGUUAUUAAUUAACUUUCCUUACCUUCCAGCUGCAGAAGUAAAGGUAAAAUUAAAAUAAUACGUUCUGAUUACAGCAGUGCAUUUUAGUUUUCCUAUACAAGUUACUAUAAUUGAGAUGUAUUAAUUAUUCUUGUAAGCCCUAAGACUCCUGUAUAGCUUCAUACAAAACUGUCUUACAAAAACUGAGUAAAACCAGGCUCCUGAGUCUCAUUCUGUGUUCUAAACAUUUAGCUUAUUUUCCCUGUUCAUUCUGUGUUAGCUUUAUGAAAUACAAACAUCCCCUGUACAUUAAUCCACCUCAAUCAGAUUUUUGGCUUUUUUUUUUUCUUUCUUACAAUUUCUGCUGAAAUGUCUAGAUUUUAAUAUAAUACACUGAUAGCUAUUUCAUUACCUGUAAAAUGGAGUAGAGUGGCAUGGCAUCAUGAUGAAGACAGAAGCUUGUGACUGGUGAGAGCCGGUACAAAGUUGCUGUAUGUGAUUCAUAACAUCAAGAGAGCCUCUCUGGUGUAUCAAGCCUGUAUACAGGGCUGGGAUUAGAUUUGAUAAAAGCAAGAAGCUUGCUGCAGACUUCUUCCAUGCUUGUAGGUGUUUCAGAGAAUAUCC